AUGGAAGACAGUCUUCAAUGCAUCUUGCAUCCAGAACAGGCAUGUGCUUCGUACUGUCUUCAGUGUAGUGUUCCCGUCUGUGGUAAUUGUAUUACUGAAUGUCACCAACAUCAUGGCAUGGCUGACAUUGAAGAAAUGGAAAGCAUUAAGCAAGUAAAGAGAAGAGAAAUGGAGGAAGACAGUGCUGAAAUUGAGGAGAUUCUUAUUCCACAAUUCCGGAAAGAGGACACUAACAUAGAAAAUCAAAUAUCAAAAACCUUAAUCAGAUACGAAGCUUUGGAAGAAACGGCAGAAAGUUACAGAAGCGAAUGGCACGAUGCAGUGGACAAGAUGUUUGACGAGUAUCAUAGAGAAAUACACAACGCAAGAGACAAAGAUAUAGCCACACUGAAAAAUGGUCAAUUACAAAUAAGGAAAACCCUUCUCGAAAUGCCGCAGAUCAUUCAGCUUAACACAGAGGCACUCCAAUCAGAUAAUAAUUCCAACAAAAUCAUUCAAUACAAAUCCAAACUGAGUGCAUUAAGGAACAGUCUUCCUAAAUUUGAAGUAGGGAUUCCAACAUUUACCACUCCUCCCAUACAGGUGGGGAAAGGACUCUGUGUGGAGUUUGGGGAAAUCAGAUCAUUGCUUAUCUCCAUGAAUUCUUUUGAUUCUAUGACAACAGGUCAUCCAAUAAAACGACUGCUUGACAGGUUAGUUAUCAAGGCUGAUUUCUCCUCAAAUGUUGAAAAUCUGUUGCGUAUGGUUUACAAUGGUAGGAAUGAGGUCUGGCUCAGUGGGAAAGAGGGCAACAUAAGUCAUGUGAAUAUUCAUGGGACCAAUCUUGAAAGUCUUGAAGCAGUGAUUACCAAAUUACAAGACAUCUCUGUGACUUCGGAGGGAGAACUGAUCUACAGUGAUUAUCUGAACAAAACUUUGAACAUUGUCAAAGGUAGUCAAACAGAUAUACUGCUGGAGAUGGAGCCAGGAUGGCACCCACAGGGAGUCUUCUGUACAAAAGUAGGUCAUAUCCUGGUAACCAUGAGAACAGCAGGUGACAGUCGCUGCAAAAUUGUCCGAUAUGAAGGAAAGGACAUAGUCCAAGAAAUUCAGUAUGACAAGUCAGGAAACUCUCUUUUCAGUAGUGGUUAUAAAUGUGUGUUCUUAGCAGAAAAUAACAAUGGUGAUAUAUGUGCCUCCGACACAAAUUCCAGCUCUUUAGUUGUUGUGAACAAGGCUGGAGAUUUGCAUUUUGCAUACCAUUGUGACACUAGUUUGAGAAGGAAAUCAUUUGUCCCUGACCAAAUUGUGACAGAUUCCCUAUGCCAGAUUAUUUUAACUGACUAUGUCAACAAUUGCCUACACAUAUUCCAUAGGGAUGGCCAGUAUCUGAAAUGUAUCAGCCAUCCUGAUAUUGACCUCCCUAUAGCCCUAGCCAUAGACAAUGAAGACAGGCUGUGGGUUGGUCAGUACGUUUCAGGAAAUGUCAAGGUCAUUCAGUAUAUGAAAUGACCUGAAAAUGCUCUACCUUUUUGACCAGGCUCUGGGGCCAUAAAACUUAGACAAGGUCACUUUUGAUUUCAGUCUCACUUUUACAAAUUAAAGGAAUUAUAGUGGAAAAGUGAGACUGAGAUCAAAAGUGAGCUUGUCCAAGUUUUAUGGCCUGGGUGCCAGGACUAAG